AUUGGAAUAGACUACAGACGCGAUUUCCGCUUAGCUUCAAUGGGUUAAUUUCGCUGCUUUAUUACAUUGAACCUCUUGCGCUAAUCUCAACGUCUUUCUUUUUCUCCCCUUUCCAUUCCUUCAUCAUGUUCAAACCACAGCUUUUAUUUGUGUUAAUGGCUUUCAUGGCUUUCCAGUCGUGUCAUGCUGAUCUACUUCCUUUGUUGGGUCUGGGCGGAGAUUCCUCCACUUCCACCCAUCAUCCUACCACCAAGGCCGCAGAAGCUACAGCAACACAUCACGCAAAGGAAGCUCAUAGCUCGAAAGCUGACUCAGGCAUCUUGGGAUUAUCCAUCCCUCUUGGAGGAGCCUCUUCCGCCUCUAACUUACUAUCCGCCUUGUUACCCACCGCUUCUUCCAGCUUAAACACAGCUGUUCCAUCCGGCGUUUCAUCAGGCCUAUCAUCCAGCAGUAUCUCGGCUUCUUCUUCUUUCGCCAUGCCUUCAUCUUCAUCGGUUGCUCUACCCACUUCUUCCAUCGCUAGUACAUCUCUCGCUCCUCCUCCCCCUCCUCAGAGCACUCCUGUGGUGAUUUUGACUAGUACUAUUCCUCCACCUGCUGCGACGGCGGCUUCUUCAGCCAACAGUAUCCUUCCCACCGCUGGAUUGCUCAUGGCUGGUCUAUUGGCUCUAGCAGCCAAUCUGUAAGGCCGACUUCUUCUUACUUUAUACAUACACACUAUCCUUUUGAAGA